AUGGAUAGAUAUAAUCCUUCAUUAAUGUCAGGAAAACAAGAAUAUAAUUAUAAUAAAGAACUUAAGAAAUUCAAAUUUUAUAAAGUUCCUCAAAAUUUAUUGCCAAUGGCAAAUCAAAUAAUUGAGACAUACUUGAAAAAUAAUAUGAUUCAAGUAGAAAAACAUCCUGAUUUCGUACACCCUAUUUUAUUACUAAGAAAACCUACAAUUCAAGGAAUAAAUAAAGAGAAACUUGAAAAUAAUUAUAGAAUGGUAUGUGACUUAAGACUGAUUAAUUCAAUUACAAUUAGACAAUCAGGAGCUAAUUUAAAUACAGUUGAAGAAUUCAAAAGAAUAAAAGGAGGAGAAAAUAUUUUAUAUAGUUUAAUAGACCUCAGUAAUGCAUAUCAACAAAUACUGAUACCAGAAGAAAUGAGAUCCAAAUAUUCAUUUAGUGCGGAUGGAAUAAAUAUUUAUUCUUAUAGAACAUUACCACAAGGAGCUACAAAUUCAGCAUUUCAAUUUUCAUUAGUAACAAGUGAAUUAUUAAAGAAAUAUAAGAAUGAUGGUCAAGUAAUACAACAUAUCGACGAUUUCUUAGUAAUAACUUCAUUACCAAAAGAUAAAUCUGAAGUAGAAGCUAUAAGAAAACAUGCUGAAGUACUUAACGAAAUAUUGGAAAUAUUUCAGAAGAAUAAUUUAUAUUUUAAUAUUUAUAAGUCCAAACUAUUUAGAAAAGAAUUAAAUUAUUUAGCUUAUACUUUAAAUCAGAAAGGAUAUACACCUUCUUUAAAAAGUAUUUCUAAUUUAAUAAAACAAAUACCUAAGACUAAGAAAGAAUUACAAAGAUUCUUAUUUGGAACUCAAUAUUUUAAACAAACGUUACCUACAUUUACUGUAAAUGCAGAACGCCUUUUUGCUAAAUUAGGUAAAAAGAAAACCUCAUUUUAUAUGGACAAAGAAGAUAAAAAGAAUUAUUUAAAUAUAGUUAAUGAACUUUUAUCAUCACCUACACUUGGAUAUCCUAGAAGUAAUUGGAAAUUUAUUCUGAAGACUGAUGCAAGCGAUUUAGCAUUAGGAGCUUCAUUAAUUCAAGAAAAUCCGAAUGAUGAAAAAGAUAAAAUAUUAAUUGGAUUAGUUAGUGAAAAAUUAAAAAGAACUCAAAGAAAAAGACACAGUAGUUAUUUAGAAAUGAAAGCAAUUUGCAUAGCUCUCAACAAAUUUUCAUAUUUAUUAAAAGGAAAUGAAAUUACUAUAGAAACUGAUCAUAAGCCAAUCCAAUAUAUACAAAAUAAUAGUAUGAAUGAUAGAUAUAUGGAAUUAAUAAACUUCAUAAAUUGUUAUCCAGCUACAAUUAUUAUAAAAUACAUAAAGGGAAAAGAUAACAAAUUUCCUGAUUAUUUAUCAAGAUUAAUAGAUCAUGCCAUAGAGAAUGAAGAAAAGAAAGUAUAUGAGACAGAAAAUAAAAUAAUAUUUUCACCAAAUUAUUUAGAAAGAGAUGAAAAGGAAAUACAAAUUAAUAAAAUUAAUUUAAAUACCAUAUUAGAAAGAAAUGAUAAAAGUAAACUUUUAUCAAAAAGAAAGGGUGAGAAGAUAGGUAAAAACCAGAAAAAUUUGGAAAAAUCCAUAAAAAGCAAUAUAAAAAGAGGAAGACCAAAAGGAUCUUUAAAGAGAAAACCAGGAAGACCAAAAGGAUCUUUAAAGAAGAAACCAGGUAGACCAAAAGGUUCACAAAAAGAAAGAAAAGUCCAGGAAGAAAUUAAAGAAAAUUUAGAUAAAAUUAUAAAUUCUUUAGAAGAAUAUUCAAUUGAAGAAAUAAUAAAACACCAAAAACAAGAUAAAGAAAUAACUCAAGAAUAUAUUCAAAAUAAUAAGUUACAAAAGUUAAAUAACUGCUUAGGAAAAGUAGAUGAAGAAUAUCCUUUAAAAUUCAGACCAUACAUUCCAGAAGCAAUAAUACCAAAAUUAGUAGAAAUAGUACAUGAAAAAGGACACUUUGGAUAUAUUAAAAUGUUAAGAAACUUGAAUAUGAGAUAUUUUAGUAAAAAUUUUAGUAAAUAUGUUAAAAAAUAUACAGAAAAUUGUGAAACUUGUUUAUUAAGAAAUAAUUAUCCUAAAAUUAAAUAUGAAAGAACUUUAAAUGUUGCUUACCCAAACCAAAUAUGGAGCUGCGAUUUAUCUGGAAAAUUUCAAUUCAAUGGAGAAGAAAAAGUGAUACUUAUAUGUGUGGAUACAUUUUCAAAAUUUAUAAUGGCUAAAGAAAUAGAAGGAGAUCCUACAGACAAGAAAAUAAUUAAAGCAAUAAGUGAAUUUAUAUACUUAUAUUCAAAACCUACGAUUAUAGUUGUGGAUAAUGCCAAAUAUUUAAAUAGUAACGAAGCUAAAAGAUUCUUUGAAAUAUCACAGAUAAAAUUAAUGAGUGUCGCGCCUUAUACUCAUGGAAAUAGAAUUGCCGAAUUAUAUCUGAAAUUAAUUGAAGAAACAUUUAGUAAAAUUAGACAAGAGAAAAAUGAAGAAGUUAAAUUCAAAGACCUAUUAGGAAUGGCAACUUACUUUUUAAAUAAAGGAACACAAUCUAAUAAUUUCAACGCUUUUGAAAUAUUUAUGUUCAGAGAAAAUAACUUGAGAAAUAUAGAAAACAUUAAUUUGGAGAAUUACAACUACGACAUUUCAAAAUAUGUAAUCCCAAUGAUGCACAAGCAAGAAGAAUUAUAUGCUGCGGUAUAUACUACAGACUUGUAUAGAAAAUUAUCAAAAAAGAAUCAAAUUUUUAAAUCAAAUGAAUUUAAAGUUGGAGAUUAUUUUAUUUUAAAGAAACAGAAUUCAGAUAAGUGGGAUAAAGCAAAUGAAAAAUUUAAAGUGUUAGCGACGGAUAGUUUACAUUGUUACUUCAGAAACAAUGACCCUAAAUCACGUAAAUUAUAUAAAGUGAAUUGGACAGAUAUUCGGAAGGCUCCGAAAUCAGUCUGA